AUCCUCCCGUCCACCACACCACUGGAGACAGACGCCACACCUGCCACUGGAAUUCCCCCACAGCCGCCGCCGCCGCCGCUGCCCCGCCGUCGCGGCGCCAUGCUCCACCUCCGGCAGCGCGUCCUCUCCCAUCUCCUCUCCGGCCCGCCCAUUCCUUCCACCUCCCCGCUCUGUGUCCAGCGCCUCCCCUCCACCGCCGCCGCGCCCGCCGUUUCCCCCAACCAUAGCUUCGCCGUGGAGGAGUACCUCGUCUCCACCUGCGGCCUCACCCGUGCCCAGGCACUCAAGGCCUCCGCCAGGCUCUCCCACCUCAAGUCCCCUGCCAAGCCCGACGCCGUCCUCGCCGGCCUCGGCCUCUCCGCCGCCGACGUCGCCACCCUCGUCGCCAAGGACCUGCGGUUCCUCUGCGCCGGCGUGGAGAGAACCCUGGCCCCAAUCGUCGACGGGCUCACCGGCCUCGGACUGUCGCGUUCUGAAAUCGCGCGACUCGUCUCCCUCGCCCCGUGCAAAUUCAGCCAUAGAUCCGUCGUCUCCAAGGUAGAGUACUACCUGCCGCUCUUCGGCUCCAUCGACAACUUGCUCCGGCCCCUCAAACACGGCUCCGGCUUCCUCGGCUCCCACCUCGAGAGGGUGGUCAAGCCAAAUGUCAAGCUCCUAGCAGAGUGCAGGCUAGGUGCUUGUGAUAUUGCCAAGCUCUUCAUCCAUGAGCCAAGGAUGCUUAGCGCCAAACCAGGGCGUGUCCUGGCGUUGGUCGCGUGCGCGGAACGUAUAGGUGUGCCCCGUGGCUCUGGAAUGUUCAGGCAAGCGCUGCAGGCCGUCUCAUACUUGAGCGAGGACAAGGUCACUGCCAAAGUGGACUACUUGAAGAAGACAUUUAGGUGGUCAGAUACAGAGGUCCGCAUUGCUGUGUCCAAGUGCCCGGUGGUGCUGAGGUGCUCAAAGGACACGCUGCAGCGCAAGUCCGAGUUCCUCAUCUCUAAGGUGGGCUUGGAACCGGCGCGCAUUGCUCAUCGCCCCGUUAUGCUCACUUUCAGCCUGGAGGGCCGGCUCAGGCCACGGUACUAUGUUAUGAGGUUUCUUAAGGAAAAUGGAUUGCUAAGUCAUGGCAGAGACUACCAUACUAUGGUCUCGAUCAGCGAGAAGUUAUUUGUGAAGUUCAUAUGCCCUCACAAUCAAGCUGCACCACACCUUGCUGAGGACUAUGCAGCCGCUUGCGUAGGGGAGGUGCCCGCUAGAUUCAGAUUUACAUGAACCAAAAACAGGCUAUGAAAAUUGGUAACUCCAUGUGGAAGAACAGAAUUUCUCUCGUCCUAUAAAGCUGGUAAUUCAUGAUUAGGUGUUCUUUUCAUGACUGAAUGGUGGCUUUGUCGUGGCUAAUGCUCGAUGUAACUGACAACUUGAUUUCUGAACCCUGAGAUGUUGAAUUGGCUGGGCUACUAUAGCUGAACAAUGGUGAGGGAGAAGGUAUUUGUUGAUAACCUUACAAGGAAGCUGCCAAUACUAUGCUGUUGCUUGCAGAAGGCAAUUGUGCACUGCCUGAUAAAAGUAACAGUGUAUUAAAUUUCAAAAGUAACCAGUGAGUUUGUUUUCUCCCGACUAAAAGUUUGAUUUGUUAACAUGGUGGCAUACUGUUGGAAUAUUUUUCUGAAGCUGAUAUCUUGGAUAUCACUUCCAUAUAGCUUGGCCUGCCUUGGAUCUGUGCCCUCUAGCACAAACGGAAGUUGGUCGAAUGAAUUAGAGCAGUUCUCAACUAGCGAUUCAUCUGUUGCCCUGUCAAAAAAUCAAUUUAACAAGUGAAUAUAUUGUGCAUAGUUUAUACCUGUCGUCUUAAUAGGUUGGCGUCGAGGAUCAGAACGGUAGAUGCGGCAGAUAUAAGAAGAGUGAAUACCUGUCUGGUUGGUGACGGCCCAAAUUGUUACCAGAUAAAUGAGAAGCGGGAACAAGUUAAAUAUGAGAGAAGGAUGGUACUGAUUCUGAGUAGACUUCUGAUGAGAGAACGAUCCAGCAAGCAAUGGUAUUGUUCAGAGUAUCCUCUGCAGCAAUGUGAGAGCAAUGGUACUGAUUCUGAGGAUGGUCUCAGAUCUGGCAAUAUAUGAAAGCAAAGGACUGAAGGCGUCGCUGCAGUUGGGCUGGAUCAUACCGCUGCAAACGCAAGCUUAGAUCAUCGCCGAUGGAGGGACACACUCUGAAGUUGGCGGGGAAGAUCAAUGUGGUACAAUCAAGCGUUGCUAGCUGGUGCAGUUGGCGAUGGUUUGAGAGGCGAGGAAGAUGAGAUGAACUUGUAAUGGCUGAGCUUUUCACCCAGAUGAUGAAUUUUUUUUUAACCGUAAAGAGGGCCAGAAACUAUGCGUAAAAGCUGCUACAUGGUGGGUUUCGUUGUUCGAUAAUCCUAGACAUACAGGCCUCUUACGCGCAAGUUACAGGAUCCUUCGUUAAAUUUCUUCACUCCCCUUCUUUCCAGUCACACUUUGCCAUGUCAGCCUGUAAUUAAAUUCAUCCUGUAAGUGCAUGUACGUGUAGCAUUACCAUUCAUUUUC